ACCGUCGAUGAGCAUAUAGGCGGACGACGUUCCGCUCCAUAGUCAGACUUCUCAUAGACUACGAGACCACUCACCCGCCGACGGCGUGGGGUUGGACGUUUUUUCGCAUAUUUCCCUACAAGCCCGACCGUGUCUGAUCUAGUUCGAAGAGUCUUGUGGGUGUCGCUGCGGGUGGUCAUUAUGGCGCCACUAGCAUCCGCCAUGGCAUUCAAGGCUGUACAGCGUCAUAGCAAUGAAUUUGCCGAUGCCGAGAAUGCACCACAGGACAGCAAAUACUUCAACUUCGAGAUCAAGGCCUUGUCCAUGACUCGAACCGGGGAGUCGUUACACAAGUACAACGAGAAGCUGAUGAACAGCAUUUGGAACUUGUACAACAUGAAUGCACCCCAUGCAUUCCAGAAGAAUGCAGAAAUCGUUUCGCGCGCCUCGAGAGUCGCGACUCCGACCCUGGAGACCAGCGCCUCGCUGGGAUUCCUGGGUCACCACUGAUGCGUU